UGAUCUGGGUGACCUAAAGUCAGUUUCAAUCUUUAACGUUAAAUCUGAAGAGUCUCUUUUAGAACUUAGUGAUAUGGAUGCAUUUGUAUUAAGUAGUCACUGUAAUCUGAAAUUAACUAGACAACUUAGCUAG